AUGUCGGACCCCCUGGAGCAAGUGAACAACACGAACGCGGCGUGCAAGACUUUGCAAGCCCGCGUUCUCUUUCCCGACAGUCGGGAAGUGGCGGGCAAAAACAUGCACGUGUUCUCUUGCACGCUGGUGUCCAAAUCUGGGCUGUACACGAAGGGCGAGGCCGUCGUCUUCGGACAGGGGCAGCAGCGCGCCAAGGUCGUCGAUGCGUUGACGAAGAAGUACAAGAAAGACACCGUGCACGAGUUCACCAAGAUGAAGAUGCAGGUCAAGAAGCCGCAGUUCCAGUCGUGCCCCCACCCCUUCGUCCUCAAUCUGGGGCACAAGCCGCUCUCCACCAAGCUGAUCACGGGCGACGCUGCCAAGGCCAUCCCAUCCGAAGCGGAGCCGCCGAUGACCACCUUCCACCUGCUCGAGCUGGAGACCAGCCAGCUCGUGGACGUCACGGCCGUCGCUAUGGAAGUCUCAGGGUCUACGGGCGCGACGGAGGGCAACUCCAACGUCAAGGUGACCCUGUCGAACGCCUCGGGGAAGGAGAUGCCGCUCAUUUUCCGGCCCGACACCCAGCACCUGGCGAGUGAUAUCGAAAAGUUCAAGCCGUUGUACGUGUACGGCGCCUACCUAGUGGCGGAGAGCUCCGGGGGCAUCCACUUGACCGCCCGCGAGGAGACGCUCGUGCCGAAGGCGUCCGGCGACAGGCCCAUCGCCCGGGCGCUCGGUGAAAGCAACCUGCAAGCUCUGCCGGCGAAGAACAAGGAGAGCUUGUCCAAGUGGGAGAGCAGCCGCGACUGGGGGAGCGGGCCGGCAUGCAGCGCUCACGCAGGUGUCCUGGAGUGCGCCGCGCACAUCAAGAAGCCCCUAUCCCAGGCGCUCUUCGAGAUCACGGGCGCCCUGGUCUCUCUGCAAAGCGCGGGCGCCGAGGACCUCCUCAACAAGGACAAGACGCGCAUCUGGGCCAAGGUCGACGUCGCGGACUUCGCCCGCACCGUCACUGCAGAUAUGACCGAGAAAGUCGCGCUGACGCUGACGGACACGAAGGACAAGGAGGAGUUCCUCGAGCAGGCAAGCGCCGGCUGUCUCGUUUUCUCGAAGGCGCGCCUGCGCGUGCGGUUCGACGCCCCGAAGGACAGCACGGUGCCGUCGCUGAGUGUCGUGGCCGCCCAGUGCCGGCACUUCGACGUGCCCGAGCCCAACCUCGUCCCUCCGAGCGACGCGCGCCUGGUGCCGGCGCAGCUGGCCUGGGCGUCAACGUCCCCCACUGGCCUCAUCAGCAUCACGCUCCCAGGUGACGGUGGGCGACGGCUGGCGAGCGGCAUCCUCGUGAUGAUCGUCGGCGCCAAGGAGCCGAAGACGGAGCCUGCCGCCGACGGCUUCGCGAUCCGCAACUUCGUGACGGAGGCGCGCGGCGACCACCCGGACCAGCCGUGGGAGACUGUGACGUCUGCGCCCGCAAGCCGGUUGGCGUACUUCGCGCUCCCGCGGAAGGAGGUGGCCCUGGUGCGCGUGACCCACGUCGACGUGCCCGGGAAGGUGGUCACCGACGCGGACAUGUGGAAGCAGCCCACUGGAACUUCCCUCGACGCCUGGAAGACGGAGAUGCAGGCCACCGUGGAGCUCCUGAAGAAGCCCCCCCACGUGCUCAAGAGGAAGCUGGGCGACUUCGACCCGGACCUGCAGGGCAUGAUCACGAAGCGCAUGCACCUCGCGCUCGGUGAGCCGGCCACGCUCGGCUAG